AUGCGACACACGCAAUCUUCGCCUCAGCCCGGUAAGGAGGGGCAGACAAUCACGGCGUCACGCGAGGUGCAGAGCGACUCCAGUCCAGCUGGUCUCCAGAGGGCCGCGUUGACACGCUGGAACUGUGUCCGUCUGCAGCUGGGCACGCCGCUGCGGCCGCCGCGCAUCACGGAGCACCCCACGGACGCGACGGUGCCUCGCCACGACCCGGCCACGCUCAACUGCAAGGCGGACGGCGAGCCAGAGCCCACGAUCGCCUGGUUCAAGGACGGCGAGCCGGUGCGCACGUCGGCGGCGGACGCGCGCUCCAGCCGCGUCCUGCUGCCCACCGGCUCGCUCUUCUUCCUGCGCGUCGUGCACGGCCGCAAGGACUCCGACGCCGGCGUCUACUGGUGCGAGGCUCGCAACGCCGCCGGCGUCGCCAAGUCGCGCAACGCCACGCUCGAGGUCGCCGAGCUGCAGGGUAGGGGAACCCCCUCCAGUCCGAGCCGCUUCGCCGCUGCGUCCGAAUCGCUGGCGGAGGCGGCGUCGCAUAAAGGCGUUAAUUAG